GAGGCCUUACAAAAUCGAUUGGGGGCGUUGGUCGACGAGCUCAGUGUUGUCUUGCCCAAAUAUAUGAUUCCCACGUUGAUCAUUCCAUGCAAAUAUAUGCCUUUUACUAUCUCUACCAAAUUGGAUAGAAAGCUUCUACAUGAGCAACUAUCUUCGCUAACUUGGGAUCAGCGAGCUGCCUACUCACCAUCGAAUAGGAUAAAACGCGAACCAGAGACUCGGAUGGAAAGGCGACUGCAGACAAUCUGGGCGGAAAUCUUGAAUGUGCCGAUGGACUCAAUUGGUAGGGAUGAUACUUUCUUCCAGCUGGGAGGUGAUUCGAUUAUGGGCAUAUACCUUGUUUCAACAGCCAAAGAAGAUGGAAUUGCGUUUACUGUCAAGGACGUCUUUGAUGACCCUAGGUUAUCAGCCGUGGCUUUGAAAGCUAUCUUGAUCCAAGAUGGCAGUGCGGACAUCACAGAAUCUCCACUAGAACCUUUCAGUUUGUUAUCUGAAUCACGCUCAAGCCUUGCUCUUGGAGAUGAGAUCCGCGAAGAGUGCGGCCUUGACGAUGGACAAACGAUUGAAGACGCCUACCCAUGUUCCCCACUCCAAGAAGGUCUUAUAGCUCUCACUGUCAAGCAGCCUGGCUCUUAUGUUGCUACAUAUGUCUAUCAUUUGUCAAAAUUGGCAGAUGUUUCCAGAUUUAAAAAUGCUUGGGAUACUGUUGUGGAAGUUUGCAGUAACCUUCGAACACGAAUCGUGUUAUUAGAUGGUGUCACAACUCAGGUUGUCCUUGACAAUGACAGCCACUGGCAAUCCGCCGAGAAUGAAACUCUCGACUCAAUGACUAGAUCACUACGAAACGCACAAAUGGGAUAUGGGACGCCUCUGUGCCGGUACACCAUUGUGUCUGAGAAAGGCGAAAACUACUUUAUCUGGGUUGCCCAUCACUCCAUCUACGACGGCUGGACACUCAAAGUUAUGUUUUCAGUCUUGUAUCAGGCAUAUUCGGACCGUUACAUUCCAGAGAUACGCCCGUUCUCGUAUUUUAUUAAAUACGUCCAAGAGACCAAUGGAGACGCUGCUGCAUCCUUCUGGGAGACAGAGCUUUCAGGGGCAGUGCGAGCUUCAUUCCCACCUCGUCCUACCGGCCCACAUAAAGCUGAAAGCCAGUGUUAUCGCUCAACGAUUUCUUUUACAAGUUCUGCUAAAACUUCAAUCACUCACGCAACAAUCCUUCGAGCUGCAUGGUCUAUCGUCCUCGCGAGGUACUGUGAUAGCAACGAAGCCGUUUUUGGAGUAACAGUG